AUGGCCCAUCAACCCGAUGGGGACCCAUUGGUCUCAUCCCUCUGGACCAGGUCUUUACUUUCCGGUGCCGUCGCAGGUCUCACGGUCGAUUGCUCCCUGUACCCUCUUGACACGAUCAAAACCCGACUCCAAAAAGCACGCGACCACUCCGCACCGCAGGCAUCACGACUCUCGCUGCGCCAAACCGUACGUGGCAUCUACGCCGGCCUCCCCUCUGUCCUCUUCGGUUCUGCUCCCUCAGCCGCCUCCUUCUUCAUUGUCUACGACGGCGUCAAGCGCUCGCUCCUCCCUCCCCCUUCAUCAUCCGGCCCGACCGCGUCCGACCCGCCAUCCCGAGCCCAUGUCAUCUUCACGCACUCGAUUGCCUCGUCGCUCGGCGAGAUCGCCGCAUGCGCCGUGCGUGUGCCCACCGAGGUGAUCAAGCAGCGCGCCCAAGCAGGUCUCUUCGGCGGCUCGAGUCUGCUUGCGCUAAAGGAUAUCCUGUCUCUGCGCCAUGCCGCGCCCCCACCCACACCCCCAGCAUCUUCUCCGUCAGCUCCUCCCGGAUCUUCUGCAGCAGCUUCCAGACCCCAGGCUACCCCCACGCCUGCGGUGAAGCGCGGCUAUGGUCAGGUUCUUCGAGAACUGUACCGCGGCGCCGGCAUCACCAUCGCCCGUGAGAUCCCUUUCACCGUACUCCAGUUCACCAUGUGGGAGUCCAUGAAGGAGACCUAUGCGCAGCGGUACCUGCACCGCCCCGGAUCAGGCUCUGCUGCCACGGCCGAAUCGCAGAUCCCGGCGUCGACGAGCGCUAUGUUUGGGAGUGUGGCCGGUGCCAUUGCCGCGGGCCUGACUACCCCGUUGGACGUGAUUAAGACGCGCGUUAUGCUGGCGCGUCGGGGCGAUGGUGGUGCUGCGGCUCCGGUGCGGGUGAAGGAGGUGGUGCGUGGCAUUGCGCAGGAAGGUUUCGGCGCUUUCUGGCGUGGUAUUGGCCCUCGUGUUGCUUGGAUUGGGAUUGGUGGUGCUGUCUUCUUGGGCAGCUAUCAGUGGGCAUGGAAUACCCUCGAAGGUAAGAAGGAGAAAAAAGAAGAAGUAGCAGUGUAG